GACAUUCUGAAAAGAAGUUGAUGUAUCUGACUUGUGCAGUCACUCAAGUCACUCAGUGUAGUGUUUAGCUUUGUUAGAGUAAUUUUUUAUUUGUUCUACUCCUCCAAACUAAAUGGAUGAAAAACCCAAAUUAAUAAAGAAAAUGUAUUAAAUUGUGUGCAUAAAACGCUAAUGAUGACGGCAACAUUUGAUUGCCAUCAAGUGUGAGUGAAUACUAAUGUGACCAGUCGAAUAAUAUUGUGAAAAAAGGUGUUUUUUGUCGCUUCAAAAGAAAAUAUUUUUUUUUUGUUUUGCUUGUGAGCUCCACAUAUUUAGGGUGGUGCAAAUUUAUUAAGCUGUCAAAAAUGACAGAAAAAAUCACCCGCGAACGUGUAUCCAAUAUGAAUAAACCCGUUCCGAUGAAACUGUUUGCAGCAUGGGAAGUCGAAAAGAGAACUCCGCCGAAUUGCAUACCAAGAUUAUGUUCACUUACAAUCACCCGUCUAUCACUUUUAACGCCGUUACCAUCGGACUUAUCAUCAUUAUCAUUGGCUGUUAAAAUGCAAAGCUCGAAACGUACGUUGCGAUCACAUGAAAUACCGGUGCCACAAUCAAUUUUAUCAGCUGGUGCUACGCAAACGACAAAUUCAUUUGGUACAGCCGUUGGAACGGGUGGUGGAAUCGUGAGUGGCGGUUGUGGAAUGCUAAAUAGUCCUCCAUUACUUGAGACUGAAUUAGAUCUGCACUUUAGUCUUCAAUAUCCACAUUUUAUAAAACGUGAUGGAAACAGAUUGCUGAUAAUUCUACAGCGAAAGAAGAAAUAUAAAACGAGAACAAUACUCGGCUAUAAGACGUUAGCCGAGGGAGUUAUCAAAAUGGAUGCCGUUCUGCAGAAAUCUAUGGAUAUGACAGUGGAAUUAACCGCAAGCGGAAAGUCUGGACGUCAGGGCAUGACCAUUGCCACAUUACGGGCCGAACGUGUUGCAUCGAUUCCAGUCGACCAGGACAAUAAAAAUAACAACAGCGUUCUGUUAACAGAUCGUGUCAACGAAUACUCUGACGAAGACGAAGAGAAUGAAUUUUCAUCGGGUGAACAGGACGAUGAUGGAACAGACGCUGGUCUGACAGGUUAUGACGCAAAACGAGGGUACGCAGCAAAGCAUGACUUACGAAAGUAUCGUAAGCUCGAACGUUCGGAAAAUGAUGGAGAUGACGGUGCUCUAUGCACAAAUCCAGUUGACAGUGACAGCGAAUUCGAAAAUCUCAAAGACAAAGGAUCUCGUGCCAAAAUUAGUAGACAGAGAAAUUUCAAACAGAAAAUCGUAGCGCUGUUGAAACGAUUCAAGGUACCCGAAGAGCUGGAGGGUAGCGUUGCCCGUGCUGGUGGUGCAUUACGUGCCGGUGAACGUGAAUUGGACGCAUUGUUUCAAGAAUUGGAAUCGCUAUCGUGCGAAGGUGAUGAUUCGGGACCGGACAUGGACAGUUUGUCUAUUGGAUCGACGCCGAAACCGUCGCUACGGCCAUUUUUUACAAAUUCCAGAAAUAUGUUGCACGACAAUUUAAUAGGCGUCAAAGAGAAAAAAAUAUUGGAAAAGCGAAACUCUCUCGUGGAUAAAAAGUCAACGUCAACAACACCAGACAAAGCGAGUGAUUGGAAAAAUGACAGUUCCGGCAAUGAGGAUCGAACGGGUAAUACGGAUCCCGAAGCACAGUCGGAUCCACAGAAUACUGGCAGUCCACCACGCGAAAAUCGCGAAAAAGAUCCGCCAACGUUAACUGAACGACGAAAUAAGUUAUUUCGUGCGUCUAGUAGUACUCCGAGCAAUGUGGGUAAAAAGAAGCAAUCGCUCAGUUUGUCCGCUGAACCAAAAUCAGUAUUAGAGUCAUGUCUGUCGCCGACCAAUGUCGAACCACGAAAAUCGUUGCUCGAUCAAGUUACACGAACGUUUUCCACUGAAGAGACUGUUUUGCCGGAUGUUCUAACCAUUGUCGGUCCACCGGAACCACAUUCAGGACUGUUAUCUCAGCGAUUGGCUCCGCUGUUAGCUGCGGCAUUUCGACCGAUAUUCCAACCUCAUAAUACUGCUGAGGUCAAAGCCGUGUUACAAGCAUUGAUGAAUAAAAUUCAGAAGUAUUGUAACACUACCGCAAAACCCCCAGCGACCAUAAAGGUGUUGCUUCUAGGCGGUGAUUGGUUAGAAGGUGCAGUUCUUCGGCAUUAUGUUGAUCUCUUAGGUGUCAAGCCACCGGACUGGGUGAAUCAUUUACGUUUCUACAUUGUUCCUAUUGGUUCCAGUUUAGUUUCACGAUAUUUGUGUGGUCUUGACUCAGCGUACGGACAGUUGUUCGGCGUCGAAUCGUGGCAACAACACUGUGAACGAGCUGCUUCAUUAGAUCCAGCUGAUAUUUUAGAAGUAACAAAUCGUAUACAAAUCUACUUACACACCGCUGGUCCAUGCACUCAGAUACCGAUAGCCGAGGCAAUGGUAAACUACAAGGACGAAGAUUCAUGUCAAGUGUUUGUACCGUUCAUCAGUGAUGUGAAAAUUGGGUGCUCAGAUUCUCAUCAACUGUCGUUAGACUUAGACGAAUCGUUGUCCAAUGUUCAGCAGCAACAGCAACAGUCCAGCGGAAAUUUACUGUCGAGCAGUCCGCCUAGCGGCAGAAUAUCUCCACCAAUGCCAACCACACCGCAAUUGAUUUCGAAUCAGGAACCGUUGGAAUUGCAAAUUGAUUAUUGGCCGAUUAUAAAGCCGGGCGAUAAAGAGAAAAGUCAAAAUAAAAGCUCCGAACAGAGUAAAAACAGUAUUAAGAGUACGUUUAGGAAUUUACAGGUGUACCGACUUCCGUUAUAUCCUCAAGCCAGUGACGCUUCGCAUGGUUUAAUAGUUAGCUAUGCAACUAAAGAGAAGAAGCAAAAAAUCAUGAGAUUGGGCAAGAAAAAGGAAAAAGAUCGAGAAUUGGAGAAGCAAUGUAUCGAUGGCAUUGCGCGAUUGAUAUGUUCACCAAAGCAGUCACACCCGGUACCGUUAAGAGUUUACAUUGAUGGCACUGAAUGGACGGGCGUUAAGUUCUUCCAACUUUCAUCCCAAUGGCAGACGCACGUGCGCAACUUUCCGGUCGGAUUAAUUGGAAAUGCUCCAUCUGAUUUAACCUAGUCAUUUUCAUUGAAAAGAUAGCGAAAAAAGCUGAGAGAAAAUUUUAUUGUUAUUUGUAGAUUUAUUUGUAUAGAAAUAUGGGCAACCGAAAUUCAAUUUUUUGUUUUUAUUUCCAAUUCAUUUCAGUUUUUUUCGUGUCAAAAUUAAAUUUAGUACAACAAUAAUGGACACGUAUUGAGUGAUCCGGCAAUAUUUAUAAAUAAAUAAAGAAAAACAAGGAAGUUAGUUGAUAGAUUAAAAGACGAGAGCUGAGCAUAAACUAUGUAAUAAAGCUAACCAAAACGAUUGAACGAUUUCUGAACGGUCAAAAGAAAAUAAUUUAUUUUGCAGAAAAGGACAAUUACAAUUGAAAACAAAACAAUUUUCAGCACACAACAGCGCUUGACCAUUUUUUCUUCUUCGUUAAAUUGUUUGCUGGUGCAUUGUGAUCUAUCAUUUUAGUCACAUCUACGAAAUAAUUCUUAAGAUUUGUAUCUCAAAAGUGCAUAAUCAAAAUAUAAUUGCUGCUAACGUAUAAGACGUCACAGAGCUCUGUAGAUAAAUAGUAGGAUUACGUUCCUGUUGGGACAAUUUUUAUUUUAUUUUGACGAGUAACAAGUUUGUCGCCCGCGUCAAACCCAACGACCAUAAUUCCACUAGUCAAAAUACAAACAAAUGUCCGAACAAUACGUAAUAUUAAGGUUACUCGCUUCGCUAACCAUCGGGGAAAUGAUUUCCGAGCGGUGCUGCGAGUAAAAAUAUUUUCUUUUUUAUACUUAAUCAAAAGACCGGUGUUUUCAGACGCUUAUGUCAUUUACGAGUAAAACACACAGAAGGUGCUACAUAUGAUGGUGUUCGGAUGGAAUUUUUGGCCGAGCUCAUUUGUUUUUUAAAUGUAAAAAAAAUGCGAUCGCAUUUGUGUUGGGACCCGGGCCACGGUUCUGGAAAAGUUUACAGUUCCGGUUCGGUUUGUCUGUUGAGUUAAAAAUGUUUAAAAAGAUAGAUCUUGGUCCAUACGACUCUAUGAAAUAUCGAAAGAAUCGUGUGGGAAAUUUCCGUUUUCCAAUUUAACUACGUCAAAAGAUAGAAAAAAGAUCAUGAAAGUGAUCCAAAAAAAAGUACUAAAAAAAUGUCACCAUAUGAUUGUGACUCUCUUUAUAAUGAAACUUUGGCUGGAAUUUAAAGAAAAAAAUCGUUCCGUUGUUUGGGAUAAAGCAAAAGACUCAACAACAGCAACAACAUUAAAAAAAAAAACUAUUUAUUCGUAGUGUCCGGUUAUUAAGUUAAAGAAGGAAAAAAAGAAACAAGAAACUUGUACGAGAGGAUAAUAUAUCACAACAAUAGCAAACUUAAUAAACUAUGUACUAUGUGUAUAGCAUGUAGAGUGUGUAUUACUUAAGAUUUGCAUGCAAAUGAAAACAAAAACAUAAAAAUAAAUUUUAAGCAAAAAAUAAUGAUCGAUGGCACAAUAAGGAAUUUUUAUUAUGGCAACCGGAUCCAUAAAACCAAACUGAAUUUUGUGCUCCUUUGUUUUUGAACGAAACAUUAAAAAUGCAACAAGUUCCGACGAGUUGUUCGGUUUCAUACGGAUGUCUGACUAUAGAGACUUGCAAAUCGUAAUGGAGCCGCUGUGGUCUCAACCAUAAAUCGGCCUCUAGAUUUUUUAUUCUAUGCCACUGGAUUGGUCCAGGUAAAAAUUUUCAAUUGCAGAACCCUUUUCAGUUUUCACAUCUUAUGAAAAUUACCGUCAGCCCUGCUUACGGCGCUUGUCGAAACAAAAUGUGCUAACUAGUGCGUAAUCAACUACUUUGACAAUGUUAGUAUUAUCGGAAAACCAUGAUUUUGACAUUGGAAAAUAAAUUCUUUCCUCUACUUUCGUCUAUGUCGAAAGCGUAUGACUUCCCUUUUGAAAGAUCCAAUCUAUAUAUUUGAGGCUCAGGUCUGGAACGACCAGAAGCAUUUAUUUAGUUAAGGAAAGCUUUCUUUAAGAUUCGAUGUAGGAAACUGUGUCUCUAAUAUCUGUCAGUAUAUACACACUAAAGAGGCACCGACCGUUACUAAGCUAAAAUUGUAGCCUACAUUUGUGUGCCUCAUAUUUCAUUUUUGAUGAUAUCUUUCCAUCAAAAUCCUUUUUGAAAAUUGUAUGACGCAAUAACUACCACGAAUGUGUUAGCUUUCAACAGAAGAUACAUUUGCUUGUAGUCGUUUGGCCAGAAAUUUUCUUAAACUGCUCACGUUUCUCAGAGCCAGUCAAACUGCUACUGCUACAACCAAAUGUAUUUUCUAUUGAAAGCUACCACAUUCGCGGUCGUAAUUGCAGUCGACCAUUUUCAAAAAGGAUUCUGAUGGAAAGAUAUCAUCAAAAGUAAACUAAAAUCCAGUAUUUAAAAAUCGCCCUAAUGUAUGCUUUUCGGCAAAGUACCGGUGCCUCUAAACUUCUAAUAUGUUUCAAGACAGUCGCGUCUGGUUUUGCGGUAAGGUUUUAAAAUGUUCUAUGUAUGGUUAAAGUCUUAUUAUCGGGUUUGUACCGGGACUUAUUAUUGGGAAUUUUAAUUUGGAAAAUUCGGAAAAAUUCCGAAUAUUUCUGAAAAGGUUCCGAAUCUGAUUUUUUUCCGGAAUUCUGUCAGAAAUAUUCGGAAUUUUUCCGAAUUUUCAGAAUUAAAAUUCCCAUUAAUGCGGUUUGUACUGAUGACAUAAAGGCUCUAUCUACACCAUCUUUUAGUGAUAACACGGAUGGCGAGCUAAACGUAACGAACGAUUAUUGUAGUGUUGACAAAAUAUAUUAUGAUUUUGAGUGACUCGUUCGAACUUGUCGCAUUUGAACAUUUAAUUUCUUUCUUUUCUUUUUUUAUUGAAUUGACCACAAAAUUCAUCCAGACAUACCAUUAUUUUAAUUGUAAAUCUAUUAUUCGUAAUUUAUUUAUAGAACCUUAUUUACCAUGAAUUAAUUAAAUUUUGUUUAAGGAAUGAAAUACUGUAGUGAAACGUGUUCUUUCUCAAAUGUGAUUUUAAAUUUCGUUUCUACAUUUAUUUAUAGAAGAGACCCGCCAGAGGAGCGAUGAUGAAGAAGUAAAUUUUAAUUUAAUUUAAAUUGAAAGGAGGGAAGGAAGAAAAUUAAUUGAAAUAACAUAUCCCUAUGCUUUAAUAUAUAAAGAAAACAAACAAAAAGAAAAAAAACGAAGAAAAAUUUAACUCAAAAAUUAUCCAUAUCCAUCAGCAACAGCAACAAGAAACAAAACCGAAAUGGUUUUGCAUCCAUUGGAUAUGAAUAAGAAUCAAAUGUAAAUUCAUAAAAAUAGAGCAGACUGUGUACAAUCAACGCUAUAAAUUAUGUGAAAUUUUGUUUUGUUUAAUUAAUGACCAAACGGAUUGAUUCACGGUAACAUGUUUUAAUUUGUUGCUUUAUUAUUAUUCUCGCUUCCUCGCACAUUUUACGUUUUUAUGAACCAACAAAGUGGAACAAUUUUUUUCCCCGGAAAUAUUCACUGAGUUCGCAAUACCGAUAUCCUUCGGUUACGAAAUUCUAUUCCAUUUUAUCAUUACUUAAAUACGAACACACUUCCGUACACAUACAGUAUGAUGGUGAGCCAAAAUCAAAUUCAACCACAAAAUCAAGUUUCUAUUUUACAUUGUGGCUGCUGAUUAACAAAUGAUAUGGAAGUUUCUUAAUUGGACGGAUUCAAUACACACUUUUUCAAUGCUCGGUUUGAAUUGACUCACAUUCGGUCGAAAUAUUCAAACGCAGAGUUUGGUCUAUCCGGUUACUUGACCGAAAACGUGAGUUCACUUCAUACAAAUAUGAAGCCGAUCUCUAGUUCACAGAUUACCGAUGUCAACAGAAGUCUCUAGUCAUUUCACUGCCAAUAUGACUUUUCAACCAUGUCAAAAAUGUGUUAAUGUAAAUAUCAGUAGUUCUAUCUGGUUCUUUCCAGAGAACGACCACGUUCCUGUAAAUAAAAUAAAAAGUUCAACUAAAAAAAUCGAAAUAUCCUCCAGUCGAUUCAUCAAUUUGAUCCAUGUCGCCCAUCCCAGAAAUAGAUCCUUCAGUCAAUUAAUUGAAAUUCGUUUCCCUUCUGCGACGUGAAAUGUGUUGAUAACGAGGAGUUGCUCAAACCGCGAUAAGUACACAACAUCAUUAUGUAAAUAUAUUUAUUCUGUACGUUAUGCAUGCAUGUCUUGGAUUUCUUUUUAUUUUCAUUUUUUUAUUAUUAUGAUUUGUACGAUUUUACUUGGAAGGAAAAAGAAUUUUGUUCGUUUCGCUUUGAAUUAUUUUUUUAUAAAAAAAAUAUUUGUUUUUUGAAAUACACUUCUGACUGAGACCUUUACGAUUGUAAAUUUGAGUUUGACUUUUUAUUUCAUUUCAUCAUAAUUUUGCUUCUUAUCAAAGUCAUCAACAUUGUGGUCAUUGCUAAUUUACACGUCACACCCAAACAAUUAAUGGGACCCAAUUCAUCAAUCAAUCGUACAUUGUAAUGUAAUCACUUAAAUCACCAUUUCUGUUAAAAUGUUUCGCUGCACUUGGCCAUCCGAAAACAGAUUACAUAUCCGUCACCGGUAAGUCAGUUCAUGUUCCAGAACAAACAUCGAUUGUGUGAUCAUAUUGAUCAUUGGCCUGUUAUGACAAUUGGGUAUAAAUGAAACCUAUAAUCGAUCAUCAAAUGGCGUAAAAUUUAAUUUUCAGUCCUACGGUUCAAUGAAAUGGGAAAGCUGAAGCCAAUCACUUUAUUUCUAGUGUCAACACUUUCGUAUAUUGAAUGCAUUACUAGGCAAUAGAGAAUUGACAACGUGUUUUGUUAAGUAAUCGACUUAAAAUGUUGGUAAAUACGGCAAUAACCACCGAAACAUUGGUUGGUAAAUCGAUUUGAAGAUAAUGUCAGAAAAUUUGUGUAAUUUUAUGGCCCCGAAAAAUGUUUGGAUUGGAUGCUUAGCGCAACUUUUUACCUAUAAUGUAUAUCAACAGCUAUCAACAGCUACGAUAAAAAUAAGCAUUCAGCUGUCUGCGGUAGUUGCAUAGCAUUCUCUUAUAGAGGACUUUUCGUAUAAAGUAAAAUGCAUCUUAAACCCGUUGAAGUAAAAGAUUUUAUUUCAAGCGUUUGGAAGUCCUGACAACAAAGGAAUUAACAAACUCGGUCACGCCUAAUGAUACGAUGUGUAAAAGGCUAAAUCAGAAUAGAUUGUCAGUGAAUACAUUAUUGCUGUGAAAUGUGUUGAUAGGUUGAAGCUGUCUGACAUAACACCCCAUCAAUGUAUAACAGUUACAUGUUAAUAUUUAAUUUAAAAAAAAAUUAUUCUUCAGAUGAAGUCAACAAUAUUCAGAUUGGAAUUUUCCUCAGCGGUUUUACCAGCUGAUCCACCCAUACAAACACACUGUUCACACACUGUUUAUACGAUUUUAAACCACGUAUAGACAGUGUGAGCGGACGAAGGUUACACAUUUUUUUAAAUGUGGUAUUUUACAGUGGUAAAAACAUCUGAAGAAACGUUUUGUAUAAAUUUGGUUUGACAUUGACUGUAGUUUUUCUUUUUCUGUUCAUUGUUAUUGGUUGAACGCAUGUUAUCACGUCCAUAUCACCUUUAUAAUUGAACUUUUAGGUAAAUGUUUGCUCAAUAUAAUCCGUAUUCAAUUUAAUUUUUAAAACUUAACUUAUAUCGCCGAGUUUAUUGCGUCCUAGUGCUAUAAGCUGUUUCAAAACAAUGUAAUCAAAUACUCUGUGUUGUGUUUAACAACUAAACGUAAUGUACUAAGUAAAAACUUAAAAAAAUAUUCAAAAUGAAAAUUGAAAUAAAAAAAAAAUUAGAAAUCUAACUAGCGGAAUUAGUGACAAAUUUAUAUCAAAAAAGAGAUGAGAGAAAAUUGUAAAAUGAAAAAUAAUUGAGCAACGAUUUGCAAUAAUUUAAAUAAUUUAUUACAACAAAUAAAAAAUAAAAAAAUAUGAAAAAAAUUGUGAAAUUAGUAGACCUAAAUAAUAAGAGUAAAUUGAAUAUAUAAACAAGACACAAAACUAAAAGAAAGAAUAUUAAAGUAAAAAAUAUGUGGGGAAGAGGGGGGGGAAUAAGUAUGAACUUCAAAUAUGAGGAUAAGUGGCCGAAAACAGUUUUAAUUCAAAAAUCGUGAAAAUCCGUACAAAUUCGGACAACAAAAUGGAAAUUAAUUGCUUUCAAAGGUUAAUAUUCGAUUUUCGGUUAACAAUGUUGCAUUAGUUUUGUUU